GCCUUCAAAUUCUGCACUUUUGUAACAUGAACAUUUUCAAAGCCAACAAACCCAAAGACCAAGAAGCGUACUCCAAUGUGAUCGAGGGUCUGAGUCGACUAUACACCCAGAAGUUGCUUCCUCUCGAACAGGCAUACAAAUUUCAUGAUUUUCAUUCCCCUGCUCUGGAGCAAGGCGACUUUGACUGCAAACCCAUGGUUUUGUUGAUCGGACAAUAUUCUACUGGGAAAACUACCUUCAUUCGUUAUCUUCUGGGCCAAGACUUUCCCGGCAUACGUAUCGGUCCGGAGCCAACAACUGACAGCUUCAUUGCUGUCAUGUACAACGAAAGAGAAGGCAUUAUCCCAGGAAACGCUUUAGUAAUGGAUCAUAAAAAGCAAUUUCGCCCGAUGAGCCGAUUCGGGAACAAUUUUCUUAAUCGUUUUCAAUGCUCUCACAUGAAGAACGAGGUACUUGAGAGCAUCACCUUUAUCGACACACCAGGAAUACUCAGUGGCGAGAAGCAAAGAAUCGAUCGAGGUUACGACUUUUCUGGAGUGAUUGAGUGGUUCUCCGAACGUGUGGAUCGAAUCAUUCUGCUUUUUGACGCCCACAAAUUGGACAUAUCUGAUGAAUUUAAGCGCGUAAUAGAAGUUCUCAAAGGUAACGAGGAUAAAAUUCGCAUUGUGCUCAACAAAGCCGACAUGGUGGAUUCGCAGCAACUGAUGCGUGUUUACGGAGCACUAAUGUGGAGCUUGGGCAAAAUACUCAACACCCCCGAAGUGGCCCGCGUGUACAUUGGCACCUUUUGGGAUCAUCGCCUGAUGUUUGACGCCAAUCGGAAGUUGUUCGAAUUGGAACAGCGCGAUUUGUUUCGUGAGCUGAGCUCGUUGCCUGGAAGUGCCGCUCUGCGCAAACUGAAUGAUUUUAUCCGACGGGCUCGUUUGGCAAAGGUCCACGCUUACAUCAUCGCCUACCUAAAAGAACAAAUGCCCGCAUUGAUUGCUCGAGAUUCCAAAAAGAACCAACUCAUCGCCAAUUUGAGCAAAGUGUACGAAACCCUGUCUCGAACGCAUCAUAUCUCUCUCGGUGAUUUCCCUAAUGUGACCCGGAUGCAAGAAUCGUUGACCUUGUUCGAUUUCCGUCAUCUCACUUCCCUACAGCCAAAAUUGAUCAAGGCGGUGGACGAUAUGUUGGCCAACGACGUGGCCAAACUGAUGCAGAUGAUUCCUCAGCCACAACAGCUUACCGGACAGGAGCAGCAAGCCAUCGGUGACACAAAAGGGUCCGUGGCACGCGGAGGCGCCUUCGACGCUUGCGACACUCCUUUCAGUUACCAAGCCAGCGAGGGUAUCAAUCGAGGCAUGUUUGACAACGAUUGGGUAGUCUCUCGAGACAGGGCGCAAGCAGACGAGAUAUUCCUUACUUUGGAUCCAGUAAAUGGAAAAAUUAGUGGUGAAUCUGCGCGCAAGCACAUGAUCAAGUCGCAGCUGCCAAGCAGCACAUUACGGAAAAUCUGGAUCCUAGGUGACGUCGACCGAGACGGAUGUCUAGAUGAAGACGAAUUCGCUUUGGUCUGCCACCUUAUAAAAUUGAAACUGGAAGGUGACGAUCUCCCAUCGGUCCUGCCUCCACAUCUCAUUCCUCCAUCCAAGCGUCAGUUAAACGCCAUUGUGGAAAACGGUCACGACCUAAACUACUGACCUACCUAAUUGAAACACAUCCCCUAUCAUCAUUUUCUUAACCAGAUCGGUGCUGGCUAGUCUUGAUUCGAUGAGCUACUUUGCACACACAGACACUGCGUGCAUUCUUCUCCUAACGGUUGUGAGAUUGUGGGCUCCUGUUCCUCUGUUUCAACAACGCUGUAUCACGAACGACGCGAUCACGCUUGCAAAUACUCAUCCUUUUUUCAAGCAUGAUAACAGUUUUGAAAAACACACCUCUUUCGUUCCUACUUAUUAUUACUAUCGUCACGCAGCAUGUUUUUCAUACAUGAGCUCGGUAUUUUCUUAUCUCCAUUAUUUGCCUUUCAAGUGCCGAGCUCGAAAUGCAGCUUUCAUUUUGUGUCUCUUAUGUUCCGUUGGUUAAUUUCAGGUUUCGAAACUGGGCUAUCCGAGCUUCCAUGUGAUUACACCCGCAUCUCUGCAACAGUCUUGUACAAUUUUCCUCCAAAUACUCGAUUUCUCAUUAUACUUUACCUCACCAGUGCCACCUUGCAAUUCACAGCAGAUACAGUCAUUU